AUGGCUACUCCUGUUAAAAGAAGAUUAUUUUCUGAUCCAUCAUCGAUGGGUACCGGAGGUGACGAGGUUGUGGAAAUUGAAAGUUUAGAAAAGGGUUUAUUGUCUCCUAAUAAAGAGACAACUGAAGUUGAAGAUGACCCAGUUCUUUAUACAGCUUCUUUUCAAGAAAUGGAGGACAAAUACGUUAAGUAUCAAACGGCACAAUGGGUUAUGUAUUCCUUGCUUUUAGUACUGGCUUGGGGCAUUGGUUUGUUAAUGCUUUUGUAUUUGCCUGUGAGGAGAUAUAUAUUGAGGAAAGAUAUUCAAUCGCGAAAGCUUUACCUCACUCCCAAUUCCAUUGUUUACAAAGUCACAAGACCCGUGCCAUUUCCAUGUUUUGGGUUGUUAAAGAAAGAGAAGCAUGUUUUAUUGCCUUCAGUUGCCGAUGUCAUUGUGGAACAAGGAUAUUUGCAGUCUCUUUUUGGUGUCUACUCUCUGAGAAUCGAGAAUGUUGGUGUAAGAAGGCCACCAAGUGAUGAUGUUAAAAUACAAGGCAUUGCUAAUCCAAGUGCUUUCAGGAAGGCAGUCUUGGCACGACUUUCAUAUAUGAGAAGUGAGAUUGUCUCUAGACAAGUUUCCACAAUUGAAGACAUUCCCAAUUUGAGGAUCGAUCAAUCAUCAGCACUAGCUUGGACAUCCCCUUCAAAAUCUCUCAAACAUGAUUCAAUUUCUAAUUCAGGGGACCUGAUUCUACUCCAAAAACUGGAGGAAGUUGGAAGUUCUGUGCAGAGAGUUCGAAUGUUAAUUGAGGAACAACAUUCCAAACCAUCAGAACCCAUUAGUGUUGUUUGGAACUCUCUACUUGGCCGAUGUAUUGACCAAUUGGGACAACCAGCCCCAGACUUCAUUGCUGAUCCUGGUAGACGUGGAACACUACUUCUACUCUAA